AUGAUUGAUGAAGACUGGAAGAGAGAAAGAGAGAAGGAAGAAGAAAAGGGAGAGCGACGGCUAGUAACCGCCACUGUAGAUCGAUGGCUCGCUGGUCACACUCUUCGUCAACGUCAACAUAGGUACACCGUCAUCUGGCAUCAAGUACCGGCCGGCAGCGGCUAUGGGGAUGUCGAUGUCAAUGCCGAUGUAUCCAUGGGUGAUAGGGAGGCUCCCUCGUUACAUGGCCACCAGAUGUGCUUAGUGCUGCGAUUCUUUCCUCUGGCAAUGGUGAUGGUGGUGACGGUGACGGUGGUUCCUUUCGACGGCCCUGUCACGCAGGAAUAA